AUGAGGAAUUCCUCCCAGCGGAUCACCCUCAAUGUCGCCCGCCUCUUCCACACUUCAGUCGCCGGGCCACGGCUGAGGCCUCAUCGUUCAUUUCAUAUCACAUCUCUGGCUAACCUCCCACGAAAGCGAAGCUUCUUUACCUCGAACCCAUACCUUUCCCAAGCUGAUGAUGAUUACCGCCCGUCAGACGAGACUAGCAAGGAAGAGAAGGGUUCUUCCGCAGCAAAAAGAAAACCUACUCGAUCCAACACAGCCAAGAAUUCUUUGCGCCGUGUUGCUAUCAUAGCCCAGCAGCCAAAGCGAGGUCCAACAACGCCAGGAAGUACUAGCGAUGAACCCUCCAACGUGGUCAGCGCAACUUGCGUUGCAGAAUCGUUCAAUAUGCCGUUGGUUCUUGAGAUCCUCUCAUCUCAUGGUUUCGACAUCGAUCCAGAUGGCACAAAAUUCGAUGCAAAUGAAGUGGUCCAUGCAAGGGGAGUGAAUGGUGGAGACAUCUUUGUCUUUCCCUCUGGUACAAUCGUGACAUGGUCGCUUCCACCAGACGUCGUUACCAGGCAGAUCAUGCGUGCUGCCGAGGAAGCCCAUGACACCAAGCUUCGGGAGUUUGAAGAUCUUGAAUUUACAACCGAUACAAACCGAGAAGCAAGCGUACUCAAGGGCGAUCUCAUUGUCCUCGGCACACGAAAGGAGCACAAGGAAGCCGACAAGCUGGAUACUACCCUAGCAAAGGUUGCUUUCUCCUCAGGUCUUGCCCGAAGUACAAAGCUCGCCGUUCUUGAGACAGCGUUGACGUCGUACUUUGAGAGCACACGCAACAUCCCUGCCCUUCUCUCCCAAGGCGCUGGCAUACCCCUCGGCCGUCGCUUCAUCCUCCAAAAGACAGGCGAGCUCCUUAGUCUUCGCGCUCGUCUCAAUCACUACUCCGAGUUGACCGAUUCUCUGCCCGAUAUCUUCUGGGACACAAGCUCCGAAUUGGGUCUCGAGGGGUACUAUGAGCAAGUCGGUCGUGCGCUCGACGUCAACGUACGUAUCCGCGCGCUCAACCAAAAAAUGGACUACGCAGCCGAAAUCGCCACAGUUCUACGCGAAAUGUCAAGUGAGCAGCACGGUACAAGGCUAGAGUGGAUCAUCAUCUUGCUCAUCGCUGUUGAAGUCAUCUUUGAGCUGCGCCGCAUCGUUCUGGAGAUGAUGCAGGAGCGUGAGAUGGCUGCUGAUCUGCCAAAGCCUGCUACACCAGUGGUGUAA